AUGGUGAAGUUUGCAUCGAGUGGACACGAGGGAUUCUGCAACAGCUCCGUACACUUCCAAAACUCCAAGCAUUGGAUCUACAAUGCAGCACCAACUUUGGAGGCCUUAAUAUGGGCGAGGAGAUUGCAGCUUCGUAUUCUCUCUAAGGGUCGACUCAAGCAGCUCACUUUGUAUUACUAUAGCGAUUCUCCGAUUGAAUGGGAUCAUGUCAUCAGUGCGUUGAAGCAAAACACUUCGCUAGAAUCACUUGACUACGAAAAUGGGGACGACAACGACUACACGAAACAUCGCCAAAUCCGCUACUACACAACGUUGAACCGCCACGGCAGAUCCAAGUUGCGGGCCCUGGGUGCUAAAAAGGAGGUUCUUGUGAGUUGCCUAUGCUCUGUUCAUGGGGAUAAGUACGACGAUUUCACCGAACACGAUGUUCACUAUGGCUUGCUCCGACAAGCUCCUUCCCUUUGGGCGGACGCCCUCUGA